CCCCCACAUCCUUAUCAGCAAUUAUCAUUAUUUGUAUUCUUGGUGAUUGCCUUUCUAACUGAGGUGAGAGGAGAUCUCAGUGUAGUUUGAUUUGCAUCUUCGUGAUUGCUAAAAUGUUAAAUAACUUUUUAUAUGUUGACUGGCCAUUUGUAUUUUUUAUUUUGAGAAAUGUCUCUUUAGAUAUUUUGCCCAUUUAUUAUGUGGAUUAUUAAGGUUUUUUUGGUGUAAAGUUUUUAAGUUCUUUUUAUAUUCUUGUUAUUAAGCCCCUGUUGGAAGUGUAUUUGGCAAUGAUAUUCUCCAUUCUGUAGGCUCUCUCUACAUACUCUUGUUUCCUAUGAUGUGCAGAAUCUUUUAAAUUUAAUUACCUAACAUUUAUAGAGUCUCAGCUUUAUUUCUUCAUCUUUUGGACUCUUAAGGAGGUUGGUGGCUGUGCCAGUGUAUUGGAAUGUUGUCCCUAUAUUUUCUUCUAACAGUUGCAAAUUUUCUGGUCUAAUUUCUAGGUCCUUGAUCCACUGUGAGUUGAUUUUUGUGCAGGGUAAGAGGUAGGGAUUUAGUUUCAUUCUUCUAUAUACCAAUAUCCCUUUUUCUAUGCACCAUUUGUUUAAAAGGCUAUUGUACCUUUGCCAAGGGUCAGAUAACUGUAUUUGUGUGCAUUUGUUUGAGUCUUCUAGUUUAUUCCAUUGGUCUUCAUAUAUGUUUUUUUAAUGCCAACAUCAUGCUGUUUUUGUUACUGUAGUUCUGUAGUAUAAUUUGAGAUCAGGUAUUGUGGUGCCUCCCAUAUUACUCUUGUUGCUCAGGAUUGAUUUGACUAUUCUGGAUCUUUUAUUCUUUCAUAUAAAUUUUAGGGCUGUGUAUUCUAGUUCUGUGAAGAAUGUCAUUGGUAUUUUGAUGUGAAUUGCAUUGAAUUUGUAGAUUGGUUUUGAUAUUAUGGCUAUUUUGGUGAUAUUGAUUUUACCUAUCUAUGAACAUGGUAGGUUUUUCCAUCUUCUAAGGUUUUCUUCACUUUUUUCUUCAGCAUUGUAUAAUUUUAAUCAUAGAGUUCUUUUAUAUCUUUAGUUAUAUUUAUUCCUAAGUAUUUUGGGGGGCUACUGGGAAUGGAGGAAUUUUAUUGAUUUCUUUCCAGCAGUUCAUCAUUGGUAUAUAAGAAAGCUCUUGAUUUUUGUGUGUUCUCUUGUGGAUAGAGUAUUUUUCCAUUUCAAGUAAAGCAACUUGAAUCAAGCAUACAGAAUUCUUGUAGGACUUCAUAAGGUACCAAACUGUAAACAUUAGUAUUUAUUAUUAUUGGAAGAUAACGGGAAAAACCAACUACCAUUCAAAAAUGUUCAUGACUUGUAUAUUAUAAACUCAAGGAAAGUCUUCUCAAAAUAAGCAUGUUCAUAGACUUUAUCUGUUGGUUGUACCAAUUAUAAAUCAUUAGUGGGAAAUUGAGACUAAUUAGUAGAAAAAUCUAUAGUCUGAAAGUAUGUGUGAAGAGAGCCUAAGAGCCAGUGGCUUGAACAUCAGUCAUAACUGGCUGGGAUUGCUGUCUUAUUCACCCAUAACUUAGAGCAGUUUACUCUCUGGUCUUUUAUUUCCUUAUCAGUGAAAUGAGAAUUAUAUGAAAGAUUACAUCAUAUAAAUUUAUAAAGCAUAACACCAACACAGUGUCUGGGUCAAAGAAAUUAUAGCCAAAAUGAGCAUUAUUUUGUGUUAUUUUUAUUAUCACUAUCGUUGUCAUCAUCAUUAUCAUCAUCAUCAUCAUCAGAAACAGGAUUUCCUAUUUGACUACAAUUGGCAUUGAUAUUUCUAAGGAAAGAUAAAUUUGGUGUGUGGCAACUCUGAGUGAGUUAGCCAUCUUUGUAUACAAUUAGGGGAAAAGGAGUUAGUAGGAAAUUGUCAGACCCUAACCCCCACCUACCCCAGCAGUGGAGUUUGGGGUGUAGAUUUUCUCUCUGUUAAUACUGUGAUACCUCUCUUACCACUUGGACUCUAGGAGAUUUUCAUUUCCUUACUGAAAGGGUGGCAGAUACCAAAUACUGAGUUUUUUUAUACAGAUAAAGUAUUAACUAAUUUCAUAUCAUUCUAAUCCAUACCUUUUUUUCAGACCAUUGUUGUACUUAAGAAAAUAGCUUCCCUCCAAAAAACAUCUUGAAUUGUAGUAUUUGCCAAUUUCCAUAGUGUGCGUAUUCCCGAUACUGCUAAUUAUAAGUUGUCAGCAUGAAAUCACUGGACACAGAGUUGUAAAGAGGCGAGCACAAUUGCUCACAACAGUGUAAACUAGUUCCACUGCACUUCUGGGUCAGGAGAAAGUUCAUGUUUUGACAGUGUAGAGUAGGAUGAUUGACAACAACACUUACAAGCAAAUGCAGUAGAGGGAAAGUACAGCCAGGAUUCUCGUAAGAUUUUCAUUUAACAGACUGCAUAGAUGAUGGUGAUUCCAUAAGAUUGUGCCAUCUAGUGAUGUCACAGCCAUCAGUUUGUGUAAUCACACUCUGUGAUGUUCACACAAUGAUGAGAUCAGAUAUCAAAGCAUUUUUUUCAGAACCUAUGCCUAUCUAUUGUUAAGCCCUGCAUGACAGUACUUUGUCCUCAGAGUAAGUAAGAUCAUUCGGAUAUACUUGGCCAACAGGAUUCAUCCAGAAAGUGAGUUAAUGUCAGGUUUUUUUAGACAGUGUAUUUCAGUGCCAUCUUUCUACCCUUGCUCUGUACUCUCUCCAGUCAUACUUAGAAGAGAAGGCUUUUCCCAGCCUCUUGUUCUCCAAGCAUGAAAAUUUCUCUAAUCAUUUCCCAAUUAUUAAAUACUUUGUUAACCAACAGUUUAGAGAUUUGGUCAUGGAUAUGGUGUCUAGAUUUAUAAAAACGUCUUCUUCCUUUUCUUCCUACCCUAUCUUCAUCUGCCUUCUGUGGCUCUCUUUUUUCCUUUUUUGUUCCUCUACUUUCUUCACAAGUAUUUUCUAUCAUCUUUUGUAUUCCUAACAACCCCAUGAGGUCAUCAGAACAGGUAACGGUAUCCAUGAUUUGCAAAAAUAGUAAAGUACAAAAUACUGCACUUGUAUAAAUCUGUCAUGUUAUUCCCUUCAAUCUUAAUUUUAUAUUUUGUGAUUUUGAAUAUUUUCAUAUUUUGUGAUAUUUCCUGGUGAUUUAACCAGUGACCACCUUUCCUUUGCUAUAAUGAACUUAAUUUGAUACUCCCCCUAUUGUUUUGAAAACUGUAUCAUUCUAUGUCUAGGAAAUUGCAUUAGAGUACCAUAAAUAUAUUUCUGAGAACUUUUAAUUAAGCAAUGAUACCUAGAACCUUUCAUCAUAGUUAAGCCCCUGGAGAUGAUAUAACAGCAUUCUCUUGGGAAGUCAUUCUGUUUUCAGCUGCUCAUUGCUGGAGCAAGCAGAGUUCUGUUAUGGACCGUUUUUGAACUGUUAAAAUAUUACCAGUUGAAGAUUUUUUCAAUAUAGUGGAUUAAAAAAAAAACAAAACAAGAGAUCUUUUUCUUAAAGGCCCCUCAAAAGUGUUCUGGAAGCCUAAUGAGCCAAGCUGAAGAGAAAAGGUAUUUGAAAUACUGAUUUGGCAUUUACCAUGAAGCUCUCUGUAGACGUGCUUGAGAUCAUCGCUUGUGCCAUGCUAAUCCUUGUCAGCUUUGUGGGAAACACUUGUUUAUUUUAUUCUACAAGGAAGUGCAUCUCUGGAUGUUUGAAGACAUCAUUUCUUCUCACUUUCAGUCUUGUAUUUGUCCACCUUAUAAAAAACUUGGUAGUCAAUGUCAUGAAAAUUGUGUAUUCUUCUGGUAUCGUGCUGGAUUCAGCUGGUUGCAAAGUUCUGCACUUCACUGCAGCCCUGACAACUUCACUGGCCAUCUGGUUCCUGUUACACUUUGCAUUGUUCUACCACCGGAAGCUCUACCACAUUGUCUACUGCUCCAGUGAGGCUGCAAACCUGGACCAACAGAAACAUUCCCUGAAGCGGGUCUCUGCACUUUGGGUGGCUGGUGUGGCAGUGUACAUCCCAGUUUUAAUUUAUACUAGAAAAUCAGAAUACCUGAACACAGGAAACGAUACAGACUCCUUGUCUACUAACAGGAUUUACAUGGAUUGCUUAAUUGGCUUUGGAAACAAGCAGGUAGAGUUUUACUAUGGGAAAAUAUUUUUAGUUCUGAUUGAUAUUCUUCCCUUAGCUAUCUUAGUCUUUGUCUGUUUCUGGAUGUCUUUCCUCCUCUCAGAGAAAAAGAAGAUGACAUAUGGUGACAUCUGGAUUGGAGAUGAUGAUUCAGAAACUGAAAUUCUUAGAGGGGCCAAGUUCAGUAUUUUAUUAAUGUUGUUGAUCACUCCACUUUGGAUUUCUCACUUUAUCUUAGUCUAUUUCUUGAAAGACUUGGCAGCCUAUGUCUUUAUUCCAGCUGUUCUCACAGCCCUCUCUUCAGGCUUCUCUGCUCUCAGUCCUUUCCUGCUUAUGUUGGUUAAUUAUAAAAUGAAGUUGGUGUGUUUCUGUAAUGCCAAGGAGGAAACACCCGCACCACAGUCUGUGAAUGUUACUCUUUCUCCAUAUGCUUAAUAGCCAAGAACUCAAUUUUAAUCCCCAGAAAACAGGCCUUGUGUUUGGAGGGUUCAGCUAAAGUUUUCAUAGCCCUUAUUAAAUAACAGUUUCUGAAAGGACUGCUAGAGAAUUGACUCAUCUCCAAAAUAGACUAACGAGGGAAACUGCAAGAGGAAGACAUAAGAUCUCUAAGUUAUUGCCUAUAGAAGAAAAAUAGUCAUCACACCAUUUGUUAUUUAGGAUAAUACCAAGACUUUUUAUGUAGCAAUUCUAAAGUAACAACAAUCACAGUCUGGAAAUGAACUCAAAAUUAACACUAUAUUAAGUAUUUACUCUGUGCAAUGUGUUGUAUAAAAAAAACAACAUACUGUUGAAACUGAGGAUAACAUUUCCUAGAUGAAUUCCCAAAGAUACUCCUGAGUAAUCUUAUGUUUUCAUCUGUGUUUUUCUUGAAAUGCCUCCACACAUAUUGGAAGUACAUUAGGUAGGUGUGUGGUGUUCCUUUUUUGCACUUUUAGUAAUAGUACCUCAUGUAAUCUGGAAGUAUAUUUUAU